GCCACCAACGAGAUCGUGGAGCUGAACGCUCCCCACUCGCCCACGGAGAAAGCCUUUGAGGCGUUCGAGAUCUUGGAACCCAAGAUCAAGUCUGAAAUUCUCAAGUCGCGCCAUGACUGGGACAAGCAUGAGCCCAAAAUGUGGUCUCGCGCCCACGGCGUGCCCAACGACGAUCUCGUCGCCUUCAGCAUCCGCUCGGACCUUGUAGAGAUCCGCAGCGCCAUUGUCUCCUAUGGCACUAUCAUCCUAGGGAAGAUAAAGCUUCCUGCAAUCAACGAUAGCGAGGGAGAGGGGUACAUUCAUGCCAGGAUCCAUGACCCGCCUAACAGGGGGCAGGACGAUGUCGUGUUCCACUCGCUGUGGACGGAUGAAGGUAACCGCGAUGCGGAUGGACAUCCUACGACUUGGCGCGCCGUUCAUAAUCGCGACACCCCGCUGGAGUUCUUCAAUGAGUGA